GAAUCAAAGCAAAAAGCGGUCCUGCACUUCCCCUCCUCCCCGUCCUUGCUCCCCAAAGAGGAGAAAGGAGGCUGGCCCGUUGACUUUAUGGGCUGGAAGCUCUGAUUCGGCUCACAGUGGCACACGGUGGUGGAGGAGCAGAGGCUUGAUGUCAGCGGACCCCAAAGAAAUACUGUAAUAAUCCCUGAAUGUGAUCAACAUAUAAAAUCAAUCAUCUGCAGGAUAAUCUGACGCACAGAGGGCGGCAACACUGUUCCACCUACUCUGGGAAUUUGGAAUUAUUUUCAAAGUUCUAUUCAAAAGUAUACCACUAUCAAGCCUGCACAGAAACUUGGAAUAGGUGUCCCAAGCAAAGAUGCAGUCCUGUUGUUCCUUCCUGCUAUUACUAUGCGUGGCCCAGCUGCUGUCCCCGUCCGCUGCCCUGCCGUUCGAGCAGAAAGGCUUCUGGGAUUUUGCCUUGGACAGUCUGGACAUUGACAUGAAGGCCAUGAUGAAGGAUGAGGAAGAAGGAUCAGCCAUUGAAGAGUUGCCCCCUCCUGACAUGCCCAUGUGCCCCUUCGGCUGCCAGUGUCGACUCAAAGUGGUCCAGUGCUCUGACCUCGGUCUGAGUGAGGUGCCAAGUAACAUUCCUCCCGACACCAGGUUCCUGGAUCUUCAGAACAACCAUAUCACAGAGCUGAGAGAGAAUGACUUCAAGGGCCUCACAAAUUUAUAUGGAUUAUCUCUGAGGAACAACUACAUCUCCAAGGUCCAUCCCAGGGCAUUCAUCCCUCUCCAGAGCAUGCAGAAGCUCUACUUCUCCAAGAAUCUGCUGACCAGCAUCCCCAAGAACUUGCCUGCCUCCUUGGUGGAGAUCAGGAUCCACGAGAACCGCAUCAGGAAGGUGCAAGCUGGUGCCUUCGCAGGACUGGGCAACAUGAACUGCAUAGAGAUGGGAGCAAACCCCAUCCAGAACAGUGGCUUUGAGCCUGGUGCCUUCAAGGGUCUGAAACUGAACUUUUUGCGCAUCUCAGACAGCAGACUGACUGGAGUGCCCAAAGAUCUCCCUGAGAGUCUCCAUGAGCUUCACCUUGACCACAAUGAGAUCCAGGCUGUGGAAUUGGAGGACCUGAAACGCUACAAGAACCUGUUCAGGUUGGGCCUUAGUUUCAAUCACAUCCGUAACAUAGAGAAUGGAAGUCUUGCCUUCGUACCGAGGCUGAGAGAGCUGCACCUGGACAACAAUCGUAUCUCCGUUGUUCCCAAAGGUCUCCCGGAUAUGAAAUACUUACAGGUGGUGUACCUCCACAACAACAACAUCGGCAAGGUGGAUUUGAAUGCCUUCUGUCCUAAAGGAGCAGGAAUGAAGAGAGCUUUCUACCAUGGCAUCAGUCUCUUCUCCAACCCCGUCAACUACUGGGAGGUGCAGCCCGCAACAUUCCGCUGCGUCAGCGACCGACUGGCCGUCCAGUUUGGAAACUACAAAAAGUAGAGGAGGGGGGUUGCUCGGGGAUGCAGAGUAUCAAGGGCAAGUGAUGGAGAAAUGAAGAAAACCAUUUAAAUUAAUAAACUUUCAAAAUAUUUGAGAAGAUUGGAAAUUUCUUUAAUGGUAGUUUUUCUUUGAGGGGAGGGAAGCGGAUAAAAUAGACCACCAGCGUAAAACUUCAAAGUUUUAUUUUUUAAAUUCAGUUUCAGUUGAGAGGGAAGAAUGUUUGUCCCAAGCCAUAAUAUAUAAAAAAAGAGAAAAAUCCCCCAUUGCACAAUGUCGCAGUUGAAGUUUUUU